GCUUCCACUCCAAUCUUGUGCCCUGACAUUCAGACCUAGUAUGUGAAGAAUCCAGGUCAAACUCUCCUGUGUCUUCUACAGUACCUUAAGGCGGAAGAUAAGGUUUUAUCUUAUCAUGAAAGUAUUAUCUGAAGGACAAUUAAGGUUUUGUGUUGUUCAACCAAUACAUCUCACAUCAUGGCUGCUCAUAUUCUUUAUUCUGAAGUCUAUCUCUUCUCUAAAACCUGCCCGACUUCCAAUUUAUCAAAGGAAACCUUUUAUAGCUGCUUGGAAUGCUCCAACGGAUCAGUGUUUGAAAAAAUACAAUAUAAGACUAAAUUUGAAAAUGUUUCAGGUGAUUGGAAGCCCACUGGCCAAGGCCAGGGGACAAAAUGUCACCAUAUUUUACGUCAACAGAUUGGGAUACUAUCCAUGGUAUACAUCACAGGGGGUUCCCAUUAAUGGGGGUCUCCCUCAGAACAUAAGUUUGCAAGUACAUCUAGAGAAAGCUGACCAAGAUAUUAAUUAUUACAUCCCUGCUGAAGAUUUCAGUGGACUUGCUGUUAUCGACUGGGAAUAUUGGCGACCCCAGUGGGCCCGUAACUGGAACACAAAAGACGUCUACAGACAGAAGUCAAGAAAGCUGAUUUCUGAUAUGCAAGAGAAUGUAUCAACUACUGAUAUUGAAUAUUUAGCCAAAGCAACAUUUGAAGAAAGUGCAAAAGCUUUCAUGAAGGAAACCAUCGAAUUGGGAAUGAAGAGUAGACCCAAGGGCCUAUGGGGUUAUUAUUUAUAUCCUGAUUGCCACAAUUAUAAUGUUUAUGCCCCGAAUUAUACUGGGUCAUGCCCGGAAGAGGAAGUGUUGAGAAACAAUGAGCUCUCUUGGCUCUGGAAUAGCAGUGCUGCUUUGUAUCCUUCUAUUGGUGUCAGAAAAUCUCUUGGAGACAACGAAAACAUUUUGCGCUUCUCGCAAUUUCGGGUGCACGAAUCCAUGAGGAUCUCCACCAUGACAUCCCACGAUUAUGCUCUGCCUGUGUUCGUUUACACAAGGCUAGGCUACAGGGAGGAACCUUUAUUUUUUCUUUCUAAGCAAGAUCUAAUCAGUACUAUCGGAGAAAGUGCUGCCUUGGGAGCUGCGGGCAUUGUUAUCUGGGGAGACAUGAACUUAACUUCAUCUGAGGGUAACUGUACAAAGGUGAAGCAGUAUGUGAGCUCUGACUUAGGGAGCUACGUAGUCAACGUGACCAGAGCUGCUGAGGUAUGCAGCCUUCACCUCUGCCAGGGUAACGGGAGAUGCGUAAGGAGGAUGUGGAACUCUCCGGAUUACCUUCACUUGAACCCUGCAAAUUACCACAUAGAAGCCUCCGAGGAUGGAGAAUUUACCGUGAAAGGAAAAGCAUCUGAUACAGACCUGGAAGUGAUGGAGGAGAAAUUUUCCUGUCACUGUUAUCAGGGAUACGAGGGAGCUGACUGCAGAGAAACGAAGACGCUGGAUGGCUGCUCGGGGGUGUUCUCUUUUUCUGGCUCACUGAUAACACUAUGCCUGCUGGUUUUAGCAGGUCAUCAAAGCAGUUGGUUGUGAGAUAAUUGAGUUUAAGGGGAAUUGUAUGGCCUGUAAUCACUUAGAGAAGAGAGGAAACUUAGGACAGUUUUUUUUCUCUUAUGAAAUCCAUUGAGAAGUAUCAUAAGUAGACAUUAUGUAUGUCACUUAACAUAAACAGGAACAUACUGCUUUAUUUGACUCCGAUUUGGCUGAGAAACCAGAUCCAGGAAUAAAAUCAGUGCACUCUUCUUCAUU